UAGGUACACGCCCCCUCACAACACGCAGAUUUCUCGACCGUUCUGUCAACAUCACAACUUUAUCAAAUCAAUUCCGUAUUAUGUGUCUGUGAUUUCGCUUUUUAGACGGGCCUGUCGGAGAAAAAGAGACUUGGAGAAAUGGGAAGCUUUUUCGGCUUAGUUUCUUUCUUGCUUUGCGCUCUACAAAUCAGCGCCGAAUGGAACACCAAGGACUACAUGAAGAGAGAGCACUCGCUCAUCAAGCCAUACCAAGCUUCGAGCAUGUCUAUUCCCAAUUGGGACUUCAUGGGAAGCACAAUGGUGACCAACAACUACAUCAGACUGACACCAGAUCUCCAAAGCAAAGAGGGCGCCAUUUGGAAUACAAUCCCUUGCAACGUGAAAAACUGGGAGCUGCAUGUGCACUUUAAGGUGCACGGGAAAGGAAAAGACUUAUAUGGAGAUGGAUUCGCGAUCUGGUACGCCAAGGACCGGAUGGUUGGCGGUCCGGUCUUCGGCAACCGCGACUUCUUCCAGGGUCUGGCCAUCAUCGUGGACACCUACAGCAACCACAAUGGUCCACAUAAUCAUCAACACCCGUAUAUUUCAGCCAUGAUAAACAAUGGCUCCCUUCACUAUGAUCAUGACCGUGAUGGGACGCACACACAACUGGCUGGAUGCGAGGCAAAACUUAGAAAUCUCGAACACGACACACACGUCAACAUCAGAUACGAAAAAGACACUCUCACUGUUUCCACGGACAUUGAAAACAAGGCAGCUUGGAAGGAGUGCCUCUCCGUCAAGGGCGUCCGCCUGCCUACUGGCUACUACUUUGGAGCCUCGGCAGCAACUGGAGACCUCUCAGAUACUCACGACGUCAUUUCCAUCAAGUUGUACGAACUCGACUCUCCUGAUGAUGUGCAAGAGGACAGGUCAAAAAUUCUGCCGUCCGCCGCGUUUUUUGAAGCGCCACGCGACCACAUAGACGAUGUCAAGCCUAGCUCUAUGAGCGGCUUCAAAAUCUUCCUACUGAUGCUGUUUGGCACGCUGGCCGUGAUUGUGUUGGUCGUCAUCGGCAUCAUGAUCUACCAGAAGCAGCAGGAGCAGUCGAGAAAGCGCUUUUACUGAUCUGCCUACCAGUCCCCGCCACGCAACCACCACACCGAAACCAAUACUGUUGUCACUGUUUUUACUGAACUGUGUGCGCCGCUCGGCUAUCCUAGAUUAGCUCACUUGUAAAGUGUGUGAGUGAAUCCAUGCAUUGUGUGCAUGACGAGUGUUUUGAUUGAUUUUCCUGAGUGAAUCGGUGAAACAGCGAUAGAAUACUGUGCUCUUUAGCCUCUUAAAACGAAUGGUUAAAAUUGGAAUAAAAAAGUCUGCCCGUUUGUUAAAAAACAA